AGUAGGUGGCGGUAAUGCACCUUAACGCUGGUGGAGCUACACGCCGUAAAACUGAAGAAGAAGAAGAAGAAGCGAGGUUUCUUCCGCCUUCAUCGAAUGACGCGGCUUCCUUUCUGCCCGUGCUAACCUCGAAGUGAACACGCGUUCGCCGUCUAGCUCAAAAUGCGUUACGUAGCUGCUUACCUGCUCGCUUCCCUUGGGGGAAAUGGCAACCCUAAGGCCGGUGACCUCAAGAAGAUCCUGGAAAGUGUUGGCAUUGAGGCUGACGACACACGCCUGACAAAGGUCAUUACUGAGCUCACAGGCAAGAAUGUGGAGGAGGUGAUCGCUACAGGUUACGGUAAACUGGCCAGCAUGCCAGCAGGCGGCGGCGGUGGUGCUGUAGCAGUUGCCAGCUCUGUGGCUGUUGGCUCAGGUGGAGCCGCUGCCCCAGCAGCUGAGAAGGAGGAAGAGAAGAAAGAGGAGUCUGAGGCGUCCGAUGACGACAUGGGAUUCGGCCUGUUCGACUAAACUUUUUCCAAUAUGAAUAAAAUUUAUAAAAAACACCAAA